AUGAUAUUGGCAGCAAUGAGAUACUUAUUUUUAGUUUCUUUUAACAUAACUCCAGAUUCAGAGAAGUUUUUUUUUAAUGUAGCAAACACCAGAAUUGUAGAUGCCAACCUACUGAUUAUAGAAUACACUUCUCAACUCUUAUAUAAUCAUCAAAGAUACCUCACUACAACCGGUAUAAUGAAUAACGUCUAUACAACCAGUGUAAAGAAUCUAGAGGAAAAGGAUCAUUCAACAUCCUCGAUGCCGACUAAAUCAACAUCGCUAGGUAACUCUAAAUACCGAUCAUAA